GCAAUUUGAGCUUGAUCAUCUCUAAUUGAAUUUAACUCUAAUUGCAUGGUUGAUUUAUUUAUCUUGUGCCCCUGUAAAUGAUUCAAAAUACAUGGAUAGACAGUCAUGGGUUAGCAUUUGCCCAUGAAUUGAAUAAUUUAGACAAGCCGCAGUUCAGACGGCACGUCAAGGGUUCAUGAUAAUUAGAUGAAUUUUGUAGCCAUAUAAAACACAGAGAAAUGUGUCAAAUGCAUGAGAUGAUUGUUUCUAAUUAGGCCGGCAAAUUGGAAUCAUCUAAAUGGGUUCUGAAAUUUAGUAUAAGUAACUUCGUGAGUAUGUUUAAUUGAUGCUACCCACAAGACUACGUGUCUCUUACUGAAAGUCUUUAACCUCAUACGGGCUGCUGGUUUGGCAUUCAGACAGAUUACAAAUUAUUGAUAUUAAUAUUUCUGAGGACUUUAAUUUCAAGGGCCUCUCUCUGCCUGGCUGAAACUCGAUCUCCUUGAGUGUUCUUUUUCUUCUCUUCUUCUUCAGUAUUGCCAUGGGACGUGCUCAACAAGAAGAAGUGGAGCUUCAUAUUCUAGGCGUUGAAGCCGCAGAAGGAGGCUCAUUCACUCGCCAAAGAAAUUUGAUGUGGUGGAUCCGAAUGGCCAUCUAUACAAUCUUUGUUCUUGUUGGGCAGACAGCGGCCACUCUCCUUGGAAGAUUAUACUAUGACAAAGGCGGUAACAGCAAAUGGCUAGCUGGACUUAUGCUCACUGCAGGUUUCCCAGUUCUUGUUCCCUUCUAUUUCAUUUCAUCGCCACUACUUCAACAUCCCGUUUCCAACAAUCUCCAACGUAAAUCUCCAUCUCUUUUACUUUUUGCAUCAGCUUAUUCCUUGUUCGGCAUUGUUAUAGCCGCUGACUCCAUGUUGUAUUCUGUUGGGUACAUGUAUCUUCCAGUCUCUACUUACUCCCUUCUCUGCGCUUCUCAACUAGCCUUCAACGCUUUCUUCUCCUUCUUCCUCAACUCUCUGAAGUUCACUUUUCUCAUUAUCAAUUCCUUAACCCUUCUCACCAUCUCCUCCAUUCUCCUCAUCUUUCAAACCAACGACUCCACUGCUUCAAGCGACGAUGGCCAUCCAUUCUCCAAACGACAGUACGCAAUCGGUUUCAUAUGCACUAUAGCUGCCUCAGCCUUAUAUGGACUACUUCUUUCACUUACACAAUGGUUUCUACACAAGGUUGCCAAGAAGAAAACAGUUAAGGUGGUUCUAGAUAUGAUAAUUUAUCCAUCGCUUGUUGCAAGCUGUGUUAUAGUUGUGGGGCUUUUUGCCAGUGGAGAAUGGAAGGGUUUAAGCAAGGAAAUGGCAGGGUUUAAGCUUGGGAAAGUGUCUUAUCUUAUGACUCUCAUAUGGACUGCUGUGUGUUGGGAGGUUUUUUCAGUAGGUUCAAUUGGGUUGAUCUUUGAAGUGUCUUCAGUGUUCUCAAAUGUUAUAAGCACUCUAGGUUUGCCUGUAGUUCCAGUUCUGGCAGUGGCGUUUUUCAGAGAUCAAAUGAGUGGGGUGAAGGUGCUGGCUUUGAUAUUGGCUGUUUGGGGGUUUGUUUCCUAUGUGUAUCAGCAUUAUUAUUUAGAUGACCAUAAGGCCAAAAUUGACAGUAGAAAUGCAGAUGCUGCUGCUAAAGCUCCCAUUGUUGGGAGAAAUGAUGUUGAUGAGAAUGAGAAUAAGGAAUCAAAUUAACCUAAUAUGUAGAUAUUCCAUAAAUUGUAUGAGGAAAUAUUGGAAAAUUAAUAAAUGUGGGACUACUUUAUCAAAAUCUAA